GGUGGUGUGGAGCCCCCACCCUGCCCUGGCAGCUGUCCGAUAACGCAGAGGAAGCAAACAACAAGGCUGCUGCCUGAGACCUUUACUAUUACACCUCAUUUUCUUCACCCAGAAGGAAUUGUCACUUCAUCUCUUUGACCCGCCAUUCUUGUCUGCGUUUUGGUUGACUGCGUUAUUGUGGGGAUAAAAAUGGUUGAUUAACACUUUUUACGCGCGCCCUUGUUGCCUGCUGUGAAUCUAUCUCUGACCUCCUCUCUGAGGUCAUCUCCCACUCUGGAUAUUCAGCUGCAGUUCAUUCUCUGUUACUCAGUAAAAAAGGCUGCAAUGCUCUCAAAGAGGGAGAAAGAGCUCAUUGCAGAAAUAUGGGAAAAGCUGACUCCUGUGGCCGAAGACAUUGGGUCAGAUGCGCUGCUUAGGAUGUUCGCCUCUUUCCCAGGCACCAAGACAUACUUUUCCCAUCUAGACAUCAGUGCCCGCUCCGCUCACCUGCUCACUCACGGGAAGAAGAUUGUCCUGGCCAUAGCAGAGGGAGCCAAAGACAUCAGCCAGCUGACCGUCACCCUGGCUCCUCUGCAAACCCUACACGCGUACCAACUCCGGAUAGACCCGACUAACUUCAAGCUUUUCUCACACUGUAUGCUCGUCACCCUGGCCUGUCACAUGGGCAAAGACUUCACACCGGUUGCACAUGCAGCGAUGGACAAGUACCUGUCAGCCUUUGCAGCUGUCCUCGCCGAGAAAUACAGAUGAGCCUCAGCCACCUGUUCCUAAGAAGUAUAUGAGACCUUUAUGAUGCUAUAUGAUACGAAAUAUAUAUGUAUGUGUAGUU